AGAAAACCCACAUGUACUUCACCGAGUACAUCGUUUUCAUUCGAAUUCUAGGUUUAGGGUUUGCGCUUCGCUUCUCAGGUUUUAGGGUUUGCGUCUCCUAUCUCUCUCUCUCUCUCCACAGCGACAUAGACAUAGAGAGUUUGACUGUAACAGGCAAAUAGGUAAACCAUGAGGAAGCUAAAAUAUCACGAGAAGAAGCUACUAAAGAAGGUGAAUUUCCUGGAAUGGAAAAGAGAAGGUGGUCAUAGGGAAGCUGAUGUAAUGCGUCGCUACCACGUCACCGGAAGAGACGACUAUAAAAAGUAUUCGGGUUUGUGUAGAAUGGUGCAGAAGCUAGUGAACAUACUCAAGCAGAUGGACCCAAGAGACCCAUUUCGAAUUGAGAUGACCGAUGCUCUCCUCGAAAAGCUGUACAACAUGGGUGUCAUACCCUCUAGGAAGAGUUUAGCGUUGUGUGAUCGCUUAUCUGUGUCAUCCUUCUGUCGGCGUAGGCUCUCGACUGUUUUGGUGCGACUAAAGUUUGCUGAACAUUUAAAAGAGGCUGUCACCUAUAUAGAGCAGGGGCAUAUCCGAGUCGGUCCAGAAACAGUUAGUGACCCAGCAUUUCUUGUAACAAGAAAUAUGGAAGACUUUGUCACAUGGGUAGACACAUCUAAGAUAAAGAGAAAGGUCCUGGAGUACAACGAGAAGUUAGAUGAUUACGAUGCUAUGAACUGAGUAUUUCUAAGCAUACCCCCAAGGUUAAAGAUCGGCUUUUUAGAAGGAGCAAUAUAGUGCGAUUUUUUGAUUUGGUUAUCGUUCCUGCUUGAAAGUGAGUUUAUUUUUGAUGUACCGUAUUGAUAUCUGAAUUGGUAAGUGAUAUUGUACCGAAAAAAAGGGAAUUGAUAAGCAAUAUGAUAUGUGAAUGCUUGUCAAACGCUAUAAUUGGGAUGGUAACAGAUUACAAGAUUUCUCUUCAUUCCAG